AUGGCGUCGGCGCUCCGCCUGCUGCCGUCGACGGCGACGCGCCUCCGCUUUCGUCCCCGCCUCCCUCUCUCCACCGCCGCGUCACUCUUCUCACCGCCCUCCAAGGCCGUCCUCUACGACCAACACGGCCCUCCCGACCAAGUCCUCAGGGUGGAAGAUGUGCCGCCGGUGGAGCUCGGGGAGCGCGGCGUCUGCGUGAAGAUGCUAGCCGCACCCAUCAACCCCUCCGACAUCAACCGCGUCCAGGGCGUCUACCCCGUCAGGCCUCCCCUCCCCGCCGCCGUCGCUGGGUACGAGGGCGUCGGCCAGGUCCACGCCGUUGGCCCCGCCGUCACCCGCCCCCUCUCCCCCGGCGACUGGGUCAUCCCUUCCCCGCCCUCCUUUGGAACAUGGCAGACCUACAUUGUGAAGCCUGAAGAUGUGUGGCACAAGGUUCGUGACGAUGUUCCGGUGGAAUACGCUGCCACUGUCACGGUGAACCCCUUGACAGCGCUCAGGAUGCUGCAGGACUUUGUGAAACUCAAACCUGGUGAUGCUAUUGUCCAGAACGGCUCGACCAGCAUCGUUGGUCAGUGUGUUAUUCAGCUCGCCAAAGUGCAAGGAAUUCGCACCAUCAACAUCAUAAGGGACAGGCCUGGGUCAGAAGAAGCAAAAGAGAAACUUAAACAGCUUGGUGCAGAUGAGGUCUUCACCGAAAGUCAGCUAGAUGUAAAGAAUGUCAAGAGCUUGCUGGGUGCUUUACCAGAACCUGCAUUAGGAUUUAACUGUGUUGGAGGAAAUGCUGCAUCUUUGAUACUGAAGUUAUUAAGGCAAGGAGGCACCAUGGUGACAUAUGGCGGAAUGUCCAAGAAACCUGUGAUUGUUUCUACUUCGUCUUUCAUAUUUAAGGAUCUUUCCCUCAGAGGGUUCUGGCUACAGAAGUGGAUGAAUUCGGACAAGUCAGAGGAAUGCAGAACAAUGAUAGACUACCUGUUGGGCCUUGUGCAUGAAGGCAAACUUAAAUAUGAGAUGGAGUUGACUCCCUUCAGCGAGUUCAACCUGGCUCUUGAUAAGGCCCUUGGAAAACACGGAAGCCAACCAAAGCAGUUGCUAGUCGGUGGUUGA